UCUGAAUGCCAUUAAGAAAAAGUUGGAAAGUAAAAAAAUGUCAACAGAGUCGCCAUCUCCUUGUUAAACUUCCGAUUGGAUUCCAAUUCCCUUCGGAUUAUCCCAAUUCCUACCCUACUUUGCCUUAAUUCACCCAUAGCCGAUGAAUUGUGAAUCCAUCGCCUUCAAUUUGUCGACGUGAUUUUGCUCUCUACCGUUUUGCUGAGAAGAGGAAUGCAGAGCCAGGUAGUUUGCAGCGGGUGCCGGAGUCUUCUCAUGUACCCGAGUGGGGCCACCAAUGUGUGUUGCGCGUUAUGUAAUUCCGUCACCACCAUCCCUCCUCAAGGAAUGGAAAUGGCCCAACUGAUAUGUGGAGGCUGCCGUACAUUAUUGAUGUAUACUCGGGGUGCUACCAGUGUGAGAUGUUCUUGCUGCCACACAGUAAACCUAGCACCAGCACCUAAUAUCGCUCACAUCAACUGCGGAAACUGUCAUACAACACUCAUGUAUCCUUAUGGUGCUCCAUCUAUCAAAUGUGCUGUUUGUCAAUAUAUCACGAAUGUUAAUAUGGGAAAUGUUAGGGUCCCACUUCCCAUGCAUAGGCCAGUUGGACCUGCCUCUCCAGCACCGAUGCCUUCUGGUUCAGCGCCAUUACCCAAUCCCCAGAGCCAAACUGUUGUUGUGGAAAAUCCUAUGUCCGUUGACAAGAGCGGGAAACUGGUAAGCAAUGUUGUUGUUGGCGUAACAACAGACAAAAAGUGAGGCUGCAAUAAACCUUGGCUGGACCACUGAACUAUCUCACUAACCAGAGAGUGCUUUCACAUUGUUGGCAUUUUGGGUAAUGUUGAGGAGUGUGCAUAUUUGGCGGGAUUGUAUGUUAAUGGCUUUGCUGCUUCGCUGUUGGGCGCCUCUGUACUAUUAAUAUAACAUAUGUGCAGAUAUAGUGUGUAUGUAGACAGCAAUCUAUUUCAUCUUUUGUGUGGAUAUACCGUGGAAGUCCAUGGGGGAGAUCAAAAGGAUUAAUUUUUCAUUAUCAUAUUUGAGUAUAUAUUAAGUAUGGUCUAAAGAUAAACAACA